UAUUGAGGAAGGAGGGCGUGGCGGGUUGAAAGCUUUUGUACCUCACUUCAGAGUUGGAUCAUGGAUUAGUUUUAGUCUAACAAGUGGGAAGUGAGGUCGGGAAUUUUUAUUUUUGAGUAGAAGCAGGUUGACAUUAGGGCCCUCCAAAGCAAGAAGGAUUUAAUUUAAUGCUGCUCCUGUGUUUGAAGGAGGACCAAAAAAAGUCCCACCUGGCAAAAUUUCCGUAACAUCUUCAGUAGAAAACACCAGGUAUCUUUUAAAAUCGCGAUAGUUUUCGUUGUGUGUAAGCUUUGCAUCAGAUGAAGGUCCCAGGGUAACUAGGUUUUAGGUCUGAAACAGAUGCAGAAUCCAAAGGCAGCGCAAAAAGCAGUCACCGAUUUUGCUAUGCCUCUGAGCUGCGAGAUAAUCAGACAGCUAAAUGGAGUCUGAGCAGCUGUUCCAUAGAGGCUACUAUAGAAACAGCUACAACAGUAUAACAAGUGCAAGUAGUGAUGAGGAACUUUUAGAUGGAGCAAGUGUUAUUAUGGACUUUCAAACUUCUGAAGAUGACAAUUUGUUAGAUGGUGACACGACAGUUGGAACUCAUUAUACAAUGACAAAUGGAGGCAGCAUUAACAGUUCUACACACUUACUGGAUCGUUUAGAUGAACCAAUUCCAGGUGUUGGUACUUAUGAUGAUUUCCAUACUAUUGACUGGGUACGAGAGAAAUGUAAAGACAGAGAAAGGCAUAGACGGAUCAACAGCAAAAAGAAAGAAUCAGCAUGGGAAAUGACAAAAAGUUUAUAUGAUGCGUGGUCAGGAUGGCUAGUAGUAACACUAACAGGUUUGGCAUCAGGAGCAUUGGCUGGAUUAAUAGACAUUGCUGCUGAUUGGAUGACUGAUCUUAAAGAGGGCAUUUGUCUCAGUGCACUGUGGUACAACCAUGAACAGUGUUGUUGGGGAUCUAAUGAAGCAACAUUUGAAGAGAGGGAUAAAUGUCCACAGUGGAAAACGUGGGCAGAAUUAAUCAUAGGUCAAGCAGAGGGUCCUGGUUCUUACAUCAUGAACUAUAUAAUGUACAUCUUUUGGGCCUUGAGUUUUGCCUUUCUUGCAGUUUCCCUAGUAAAGGUGUUUGCUCCAUAUGCCUGUGGUUCUGGAAUUCCAGAGAUUAAAACUAUUUUGAGUGGGUUCAUCAUCAGAGGUUACUUGGGAAAAUGGACUUUAAUGAUUAAAACCAUCACUUUAGUACUCGCCGUGGCAUCAGGUUUGAGUUUAGGAAAAGAAGGCCCCCUGGUACAUGUUGCCUGUUGCUGUGGAAAUAUUUUUUCCUACCUCUUUCCAAAGUAUAGCACAAAUGAAGCUAAAAAAAGGGAGGUGCUAUCGGCUGCUUCUGCUGCAGGUGUUUCUGUAGCUUUUGGUGCACCGAUUGGAGGAGUUCUUUUUAGCCUGGAAGAGGUUAGCUAUUAUUUUCCUCUCAAAACUUUAUGGAGAUCAUUUUUUGCUGCUUUAGUGGCUGCAUUUGUUUUGAGAUCCAUCAAUCCUUUUGGUAAUAGCCGCCUCGUUCUUUUUUAUGUGGAGUAUCAUACACCAUGGUACCUCUUUGAACUGUUUCCCUUUAUUCUCCUAGGGGUAUUUGGAGGGCUUUGGGGAGCCUUUUUCAUUAGGGCAAAUAUUGCCUGGUGUCGCCGACGCAAAUCCACAAAAUUUGGAAAGUAUCCCGUUCUUGAAGUCAUUAUUGUGGCAGCCAUUACUGCUGUAAUAGCCUUUCCCAACCCUUAUACUAGGCUCAACACCAGUGAACUGAUUAAAGAGCUUUUUACAGACUGUGGCCCCCUGGAGUCCUCUUCUCUUUGUGACUACAGAAAUGACAUGAAUGCCAGUAAAAUUGUUGAUGAUAUUCCUGACCGUCCAGCAGGCAUUGGAGUAUAUUCAGCUAUAUGGCAGUUGUGCUUAGCUCUCAUAUUCAAAAUCAUAAUGACAGUAUUCACUUUUGGUAUCAAGGUUCCAUCAGGCUUAUUCAUCCCCAGCAUGGCCAUUGGAGCAAUUGCAGGAAGGAUUGUGGGGAUUGCCGUGGAACAGCUUGCAUACUAUCACCAUGAUUGGUUUAUCUUUAAGGAGUGGUGUGAAGUUGGAGCCGAUUGUAUUACCCCUGGUCUUUAUGCCAUGGUUGGUGCUGCUGCAUGCUUAGGUGGUGUGACAAGAAUGACUGUGUCUUUGGUGGUUAUUGUUUUUGAGCUUACUGGAGGCUUGGAAUAUAUUGUCCCCCUUAUGGCUGCAGUGAUGACAAGUAAAUGGGUUGGAGAUGCCUUUGGUAGGGAAGGCAUUUAUGAAGCGCACAUCCGAUUAAAUGGUUACCCUUUCUUGGAUGCAAAAGAAGAAUUCACUCAUACCACCCUGGCUGCUGAUGUCAUGAGACCUCGAAGGAAUGAUCCACCUUUAGCUGUGCUGACACAGGACAAUAUGACAGUGGAUGACAUAGAAAACAUGAUCAAUGAAACCAGCUACAAUGGUUUUCCUGUCAUAAUGUCAAAAGAAUCUCAGAGAUUAGUGGGAUUUGCCCUCAGAAGAGACCUGACAAUUGCAAUAGAAAGUGCCAGAAAAAAACAAGAAGGCAUUGUUGGCAGUUCUCGGGUGUGUUUUGCACAGCACACCCCAUCUCUUCCAGCAGAAAGCCCUCGGCCAUUGAAACUUCGAAGUAUUCUUGACAUGAGCCCUUUUACAGUAACAGAUCACACCCCAAUGGAGAUUGUGGUGGAUAUUUUCCGGAAGUUGGGUCUGAGGCAGUGCCUCGUAACUCACAAUGGACGCCUCCUUGGCAUUAUAACAAAAAAAGAUAUCCUCCGUCAUAUGGCCCAGACGGCAAACCAAGACCCCGCUUCAAUAAUGUUCAACUGAAUCCCAUAGAUGAGGAGAGAGAGGAAACAGAAGAGGAAGUUCAUUUGUUGAAUAGCACAACUCUUUAGCCUGAGGGAGUCAUCUACUUUUUUUCUCCUUUAAAAAAAAAAAGGAAAUAUAAAAAAGCUGGACUUUUGCAACAUGGUUUGCAAACAGUGCUGGUGGAAUGAAGGAGUUUUGUGGGGAGGGAAAGAGAGAGAGAAAGGAGGAAUGAGGUAUCUCACCGCCUAACUGAGAGCAGCAAAUCAAUUCCUGUUGUUCUGCACUGGAUGCAUUCAGCUGAGGAUAUGCCAUGAUAGUGCAGGCUGAGCCUCAAUGGAGAUGACAUCGGAGUUCAUGAGCAGCACCUAGCCUGUUAACUCCAAUAUUGCAAAGACGUGUUAUCAGUCCCUAUUUCUGGAGGGAUUGCUUUGAAUUGAGCCAUCUCUAAGACUGCAAGGUCUUGCCCUUUUUUUUUUUUUUUUAAUCAAAACUGUUCUGUUUAAUUCAUGAAUUGUAUAGUUAACCAUUACCUUUCUACAUUCCAGAAGAGCUUUUAUUUCUCCCUCUUUCCUGAGCUGUAACAAAGCCUCUUUAAACUGGAGUACCCUUUUAAAGCAGUCCUUUCUCAUAUUGAGAUGUACUGUGAUUUACUGAGGUUUCAUCACAGGAAGGGAGUGUGUCUUGUGCCAUUAACCAUGUUAGUCCAUACCAUCACUAAAUGCUUGGAACAGUGCACGUGCACCACUACAAAGGCGGGUCAAACAGGUAAAACCUCCUAGGAAGCCAGCGUGAAUGAAAUCUCUCAGCUUGUGUGCUGUGGGUCAGAAUCAACAGUGAAACUUUAAAGGAUCUACAGAGUUUUUCUUUUUUUCAUCUCAGACUUUAUGGAUAAUGUGACCUGGUCUUAUGCAAAUUUUCUAUUUCUGAAACUGCUAUAUGAUAGACAAGUGUGGUUCAGCAUACGGAAACAAAACGCUGCUGCUUUUGACAGUACAGAGAAGGAAGUAUUCUG